AUGGCCUCCCCUUCGAGAGGUACCGAGCCGAGUCCGAAUGAAUUGAAGAAGCCCGAACGCGCCAAUACUUUCUUCCAAGACGUGUACAUGAUGCGAUGGAUGGUCUCACCUUCCGCUUCUGCAAAGAUUGCCUCGAUCUUCAUUCUUGGAUACAUCAAUUGGCAAUUGUUCACGCCAAACGUGACCAAUCCAUUCCAGCCUUUUCUGUUCAUCUCUCACAAGAUACCCGUAUCGCAAGUGAUCUUUGAAGAUCCAAAGACCGCGAUCAAUGGGGACACGCUGCGAUAUCAAAAGGGCUGGCUAGACGUCUGCUUUGUCCUCUUCUACGUCAUCGUAUGGAGUUUUGUCCGACAGGCUAGCGUUCUGUACAUCUGGAAACCAUUCGCAGUGUGGUGGGGAAUCACGAAUGAGACAAAGCAGGUCAGGUUAAUGGAACAGGGCUAUGCAUUCAUGUACUGGGGAACUUUCGGAGCCUUCGGUCUUUAUGUGAUGUCCUUUCAAGAGAGCUGGUGGUUCGAUCUGCAGCAUCUAUGGAUCAAGUAUCCGCACUGGCAGAUGCGGCCGGAGCUAAAGCUUUACUACCUGCUGCAGUUCUCCUACUGGCUGCAGCAAGCCCUGGUCAUGAUAUUGAAGCUCGAGAAGCCUCGCAAGGACUAUUAUGAGCUCAUCGCCCACCACAUCGUCACACUGUGGCUGAUCUACUGGUCAUACCUGAUCAAUCUGACCAUGAUCGGCACAACCGUCUUCGUCUGCAUGGACGUGCCCGAUGCCUGGCUCGCCCUGUCAAAGGGCCUCAACUACCUCGCCCUAGAGAAGACGACGGCGGUCGUCUUUGCCAUCUUCAUGUGCACCUGGUCCUACUUCCGCAUCUACCUCUCUGCCAAGACCCUCUUGUCUGUCUGGUACAAGAUGCUGGAUCAAGUCCCCUCGCACACCCUCGAGUGGAACCCAGACAAGGGUUGGUGGCUAGUACCUUGGAUGAGGUACCAGGUCUUUACACCGCUCUUCCUCUUGCUGCUGCUGAAUCUCUUCUGGUACUAUUUCAUGUGGCGCAUCAUGAUCCGCUCCAUCAGGGGCAUUACAUUGGCUGAUGACAGGGAGGAGGGAGAGUACGAGGUGGGAGAGGAGAAGGGCAAUCAGCAGGCUGUCAAGAAGGAGUAA